CUUCUAGCGAAAGGGAAAAUGUCGGCGUAUUAGUGGGGCUUUGUUGUGCCACUAGAGAGUGAAUUUUCGUCCGAAUAGAAUUUUUAUCGAAGAAAAUCUUUCAUCGAUACGGUUUUAAGAAGACUCAAUAUUGUCCAGUUUGCCAGUAAAUGGCGUAUAAGUUCUAUCGGGUACGCUUAGUACUUUAAAUCAGAUUUGAUUCCGACGUGAGCCAGUCGCAGAGUCCGCCGUCGGUUCUAGCGGAGGAAGGACAGAAAUAGGGAAGCCAGGAGCAAUAUGUCGACGAUACAAUUAGCGAUGUCAGUAGCAAAGAAUGAGUUUAUCGUAGGUGGCAAAUACAGGCUGUUGAGGAAGAUAGGCUCGGGAUCCUUUGGCGACAUUUACCUCGGUAUCAACAUCUCUAAUGGUGAGGAAGUUGCUGUUAAAUUAGAAAGUGUACGUGCUCGACAUCCACAACUUCUAUAUGAGUCAAAACUAUAUAGAAUUUUACAUGGUGGUGUAGGAAUACCUCAUAUACGUUGGUAUGGACAGGAACGAGAAUAUAAUGUACUUGUCAUGGAUCUUCUUGGUCCAUCUCUUGAAGAUCUUUUUACUUUUUGUACAAGAAGAUUCACAAUUAAAACAGUCUUAAUGUUGGCAGAUCAAAUGAUUGGUAGGAUUGAAUAUGUUCAUUGCAAACAUUUUAUUCAUAGAGACAUCAAACCAGAUAAUUUUUUAAUGGGUAUUGGUCGUCACUGUAAUAAGCUCUUUCUUAUCGAUUUUGGAUUAGCUAAAAAAUAUAGAGAUAGCCGUACAAGAAUGCACAUAAUGUAUCGAGAAGAUAAAAAUUUAACAGGUACAGCAAGGUAUGCUUCAAUUAAUGCACAUCUUGGAAUAGAACAGAGCCGUCGGGAUGACAUGGAAUCACUUGGUUAUGUGCUUAUGUAUUUCAAUCGAGGAUCUUUACCUUGGCAAGGACUUAAAGCUGCUACUAAAAAGCAAAAAUAUGAAAAAAUAAGCGAAAAAAAGAUGUCUACUCCAGUUGAAGUUUUGUGUAAAGGAUUUGCUGCUGAAUUCGCAAUGUAUUUGAAUUAUACACGAGGUUUACGUUUCGAAGAAAGUCCAGAUUAUAUGUAUCUUCGUCAACUUUUCCGUAUACUUUUCCGUACAUUGAAUCAUCAAUAUGAUUAUACUUUUGAUUGGACAAUGUUAAAACAGAAAAGUUGUGUUGCUACUGCAAUAACUGCAGGUGGUCCAAGUCAAUCCGCUCAAAAUGCUCAGGGGCAAGGGCAAGCCCAAGGUCAACCACCCGCGCAAACCAACGCUCAACCAGAAAGGAUAAAAUUAUAAUUACUUCUCAUUGCAUCAAACCUAUUUGCAGUCACUGAUGUGUCCAAGACCAGGUACUCAACUUUGUACGAAUGCCAUGCAAAGAGUCAAAUCAAUCAAUCCUCUAAGUUAAUACUAAAGAGGAGAUUUACGAUUACAAGCGUAUCGUACACAAGUAAAGGACAAUGCCACGGGUACAUGUUUGUGAAUUCACUGAUUAGUGAAAACUUCAGUGUAUUCUCAGUGCUUAGAGUUUUGGUUGAUCCACCUCUUUGGGCUUAAAAUCCAAGUGAGAUCAGCCAGAGGUGGCUUGUUCUUAUUUUGUUAUUAUCUAUUUAAUUCACCGUUGAUAAUAAUUGAAAAUAAAGGUUUUGAUGCCCCGAA